UCUCUCUCUCUGUCUCUGUCUCUCUCUCUCUCUCCUUUGUUGAUUUGUGUUGCUUUCUUCUUGCAACUGUAUAUGUAUAUGAUCCUUUGAAUCCCCAAUCCUCCAAAUCCAAGGCUGGUCGCUGAUAUGUGUUAGGGCAAAUUUGAUCCUGCAAGUCUCAGAUUGAGAACAAAACUGUAGAGGACCACAAAACAGAACAGAAAUAUUGGAGUUUGUUUUCUCCUGCGUUUCAGGAAUUUUGAGGGGCAAGGGAGAUGUCCAGGUUUCGUGCACUGUGGCAAGCUUCUCUUAAUGCAACAAAGAGAGCUCUCACAUGGAAUUUGGAAGACUUGAUUCCUCCGAGCGAAAGAUAUAUUUUCAAUUUCAAUUCAAAAGAAGAGCUAAAAAAGUGGCAUCUGUAUUCAGAUUCUGAAUAUGGAGUAAUUGAUUCUAAAGAUUAUUCAAAGUGGAGACUCCUUUUACUAUCAUUGAUCGGUCACUCUUCAGGUUUGUCCUCGGCGUCUUUGGAGAUCAGAGAUGCUGGAACUGAAUUAAGAGGGGUUUUCUCUGGAAAACUUUCUCUGGAUGUAGCUGAGGAUUCAAAAUGGAACAUUUCUCGGAGUGGCUUUUGUGGUAUGCGCUCUAAGAAGUUUGAUGGCUUCAUUGAUUUGGAUGCAUAUGACACCGUAGCACUAAAAGUCAAAGGAGAUGGAAGAUGCUAUAUUUCUACUAUUUAUACGGAAAAUUGGGUCAAUUCGCCUGGGCAGGAGGAGGAUAAUUCCUGGCAAGCUUUUGUUUUUGUGCCUAGGGACAACUGGUAUAUUGCUAAGAUUCCGCUUGCUCGAUAUCUGCCAACAUGGAGAGGGAACAUUAUAGACGUAGACUUGGAAAUGAAUCCAUCUCGAAUUGUUGGCAUGUCUCUAUCUGUCAAUGCAGAAGGUGGAGUCCCAGGUGCUAGGUCUGGCCCAGGUGAUUUUCAAGUGGAAAUCGAUUGGAUUAAAGCCUUGAGGACAAUACAGUGAGUUGUAAAAUGCUUUGUUGUACAUUGUUCAUUUCAAACAUGUUACAUUUAAAAGUUAUUGACUCAAAAAAAAAAAACAAAAACGUUUUUGGUUAAUGUGCUAACUGAAAUCCCGAAUCCAUGGAGUUGCUUUUUGGUUUCCUGUAUUUUCUCUGAACUUUCUCAUUAAUUUGGAGUAUCUUUUAACUUGACUUUGUGGAUAUUGAUUCUUGUUGCACUCCCAACUUGCAAAACACUCUCUUCUGCCCAUGUACCGCUUUCAUCUUUGUAAUAGCAACAUUCCAUCGUUCACUUUCUCUGAUUCAA